AUGAACGCAGGCCUAGACAAAGGAGUUCCAGUGAAUGGAGAUGACCGGAGCCCUAGUACCAACGGUGAGGUUUCUAUGAAGCGUUGGAGGUUUUCAAGCGGACCCCGGCUGCCCCGAAGUGGUGCUGCAGCUGCUGCUUUGGUGGGUAUUGUUUUUCUGUUGCUGUCUUGUUGGGUUUCCAUCUCCAGUCACAAAGCCGCUUUCACCCAAGCCUGGCGCAGCAGAAGGCGUCUUUCAUCUACAGAUUAUCAAGAUCCCUGUGAAUACACUGUGUCAGCAGGAUCACAAGCAGGCAAUGCAGUUACAGCAGAUGGAUAUGGCACAUCAACAGCAGCAGAAGAAGCAGAUGUAGUUGUAGCAGAUGGAUAUGGCACAUCAACAGCAGCAGAAGAAACAGAUGUAGUUGCAGCAGAUGGAUAUGGCACAUCAACAGCAGCAAAAGAAACAGAUGCAGUUGUAGCAGAUGGUUAUGGCACAUCAACAGCAGCAGAAGAAACAGAUGCAGUUGCAGCAGAUGGAUAUGGCACAUCAACAGCAGCAGAAGAAACAGAUGCAGUUGCAGCAGAUGGAUAUGGCACCUCAACAGUAGCAGGAGCAGCUGUACAUACAGAAGGCACAACACCAGUAGCAGAAGCAGCAGACAAAGCUGUAGAUGAGGAAGGUUCACUAGCACAAGAGACAGUAGGAACGCAGAAUGCUUCCUCUUCCACCGAGUUAUCUGCUCUCGACCCCCUGGCCCCUCCCUUCACUCCUAAAGGCUUCGUAGGUGAAAACGAGAACGAAGGGGAGAGGACGGCAUGGGAAGACCAGGAGACGUCUUCUGAUCCACAUUUGGAGUCCGCAGCGUCCCCAGCGGAGCCUGGCACGUCGAUUGAGGGAGCCCCAGCAGCAGCACAGAGAGCAAGGGUGCGGGGAGAGGCAGUGCAGGUUCCUGUGCUGUGGUCCGCUGGAAUGACAAAGGUCGCAGGGUCUAGCCUCUAUUUGAGUUCUUAUCUGGGUCGCCUUCGAGAACUGGCGGACCACUGCCGGCUUUUCUUUAUUCAUCUCCCCUUGGAUUAUGCCCAGCAGAUAGUGCAGCUAUUGAUGAGGCUCGCUGUAGUGGAGGUGGCAGCAGUGACGCCACUGUGCAGCGUUGAAGAAGAGAAGACGCGGCUGGGGACCAUCAAAGCGUUUCUUCGUCUUGGUGCAAGCUUGGGUUUUCGUUAUCAGACAAGGCCAGAGGUGGCCACUAUUGUGGACCGUCUCCUGCUUACUCUCAACCUGCUUCAAAACCGGAAUCUCUCCGCUACCCUGGCGGCUCAACGGAAAUCGUAUGCAAAUAAACAAAUACUUCCUGCGGCAAGCGCAGGUCUCAGGCAUGUGGCCAAUGCUGUCAACGCGCUACUGCAGAGCAUUGAAGGCCACCAAACUCCUAUCCCCACCGCUGUCAGCGACGAACAAACUGCUAUUAUCUCUGCCGUAGUUGAGGAAAGGCUGCUGCAGGGGCUGUCGGACAAAGGUAUUGCGCAGGUGUUGCAGCACCUGCAGGGCCGCUGCUGCCCUGGAGGAAUCUUUACCGAAGGCGACAUUGCCUAUGGUACGGAGAAAUAUGCUACUGCCAACUCCUCUGUGAGAAUUCAUUGCGUCGACUCUGCUGUAGAGCGAGCACGGGCUACGGUCAAAGCAGCAAUAAAACAAGACUGGCGCGAGCAGCCAGCACCAGGACCAGCAGGAUCUCCGGCUACAGCUGAGGGUCAACGACCGACUACUUUCGUCGCCACCGCGGAGGCCGAUAAGCAAGACGCUAAGCAACAACCGCAGCAGCCAACUAUUCCUGAAAGCUCCGCUGCAGAGGAGGCUGAUCCACUGCCGCAGGGUGCAGCCACCGGAUCCUUACAAGAAAGGGCAGCAGCGGCCUCGGGACGGCCACAGGCAACAGCCGCAGAAAGGCCAUAUCCAGAGGCAGCACCAACAAGAGAGCCUGAGGCAGCAUCAAAAGGUGAUCAAGAGGCAGCACCAACAAACUAUUCAGGGGCAGCAUUAACAAAAGACCGAGAAGCACAAUCAACAGAACUUUCAGACACAGAAGCAACAGUGGAACCAGAGGCACGAGCAACAGAGCAGCUAGAGGCACAAGCAAUAGCAGAGCCAGAGGCAAGAGCAGCAAAAGAGCCGGAGGCAGAAGCACAAGAACAGCCAGCGACAGAAGUAACAGAAGAGCCAGGAGCAGCGGCAGCAGAAGGUGCAACGGAAGGGGAACGAGGGAAGAAGAAGAAGCCUUCCCCAGCCUUCGUUCGUCCCCCCUUUCUCCCCUCUUUUUCUUCCCCGAUAUUCCGAGCUGGGGCUGUUUCUCGCAUAAGUCGUUUUCAGCACCCAAUUACAACAAGGGCUUUCACCUUCUUCCAUCAUCAUCUCCCGACGGAGCAGCAACAGCAGGAAGUAGAGCAUUUGGAGCAGUUACCGAAGCGGCAGCUCAAGCCAAUGAGACUUUGGGGGCCAUUCCCACUGCCGCAGCAGCAAGAGGAACGUCGGACGCUCUCGCCUGAGCAGUAUCAUCCAGGGGGACCUAAGGAGCUCUCAGCGGAACCGCAGCACCUGUAUGAGGUUGCUGCGGGGUCCAUCAGUCAGAUGCACGAACGUCAGCGGUUGACUUCGCCCGAUCAGGAGCCAGAGGGACAUUGGCUGUCCUUAUUGCAGCGGGGGGAGCAAAACGAAUCUUGGCUGCCCUCUUCGCCGCACUCGCAAGAACGGGAGGAACCUUUGGACCCCUCAACACCGCAGCAGGGGAAGCAUUUGGAGCCCUCACCGCCAUUACAGGAGCAAGUGCACCUUUGGGGGCCCGCGUCUCCGCAGGACGGGCAAGAAAACCUUUGGGAGCCCUCACCGCAGCUGCAGGAACGAGGGGAAUAUUCUGGACCCUCAUCGCCGAUGCAGGAGCAGGAGGCUCUUUGGGGGCCCUCGUCAUCGCAGGAGCAAGACGAACUUUGGGGGCACUUGCCGCCGCUGCAGGAGCAAGAAGCACUUUGGGAGGAAUCAUCAUCUCAGGAGGAGCAAGAGGAACGUUGGGGGCUCUCGCAAACGCUGCAGGGGCGAAAGGAAUUUUGGGGGCCGUCGCCAUCUCAGGAGGAGCAACAGCAAAUUUGGAGGUCCUCACCCGCACUGCAGGAGCCAGACAAGCUUUGGGGGCCCUUGUCUCCCCGACAAGAAACGGAGCCUUGGAUGCACGUUUCGGCUUUGGGAGGAGAUGCGGCGGCUCCUACUCCCUUUUCGUUGCCGCGUCUUAAAGCCUUUGAAGGUGUCACAUCCAAUGCGACUCCCGCUAACAGCCAUGCUAAACUUGACUUGCCUAAAAAAGCGCCAGACGGUAGUGGAAAUUACGAUGAAGACCAUGCGCAGAAGCGUGGUUUGUUUGAAGGCUCUGAUUACACCGCGCCAGCGGGAGCAGCAGCACAGGGGCAAGCUAAAGAUUUCGGUGCUCAUCUGCUGCAACAGCUCCAGCAGCUGGUGCAACAGAUGCAACAGAUGAUCCACCAACAGCAACAAGUGCAGGAGCAGCUACUGGUGCAACAGCAACAGCAGGAACAGCAGCAGCAGCUGGUGAGGUUGCAGCAGCAGCAGCAGCAGUUGGUGCAGCAGCAGCUGGAGCAGCAACAGAAGCGGCAGCAGCAGCUGGUGCAGCAGCAGCUGGAGCAGCAACAGAAACAGCAGCAGCAGUUGGUGCAGAACCAACAGCAGCAGCAAAUGGUGCAGCAGCAACUGGAGCAGCAGCAGAAGCAACAACAGCAUUUAGUGCAGCAGCAGCAGCAACUGGUGAAGCAGCAACAGCAGCAGCUACUGCAGCAGCAGCUAUUGCAGCAGCAGCUACUCCAGCAGAAGCUUGUGCAGCCCCAGCAGCAGCUAGUGAGGCCGCUGCAGCAGCUCGUGCAACAAAUGCAGCAACAGCCGCACCAGCAACUGGCGCAGCCGCUGCAGCAUCUAGUGCAACAAAUGCAGCAGCAGCCACACCAGCAACUGGUGCAUCAACAGCAACAGCAUCACCAGCAGCUAGUGCAGCCGCUGCAGCAGCUGGUGCAACAAAUGCAGCAGCAGAAACCGCAGCAGCAGGAGGAGCCACAACAGCAGCAGGAGCCGCAACAGCAGCAGGAGCCACAACAGCAGCAAUUGAUGCAGCAGCAGCAGUUGAUCCACCAGCCACAGCAGCAGCAUCAGUCCCAACAGCUGCAGCCACAGCAGCAGCACCAGCCCCAACAGCAGCAGCAUCCACAGCACCAGCCGCCACUGCAACAGCAGUUGAUGCAGGAGCCACAGCAACAGCAGUUGGUGCAGGAGCCACAGCAGCAGCAGUUGGAGCAGGAGCCACAGCAGCAGAAGUUGGUGCAGGAGCCACAGCAGCAGCAGUUGGUGCAGGAGCCACAGCCGCAGCAAUUGGUGCAGGGGCCAGAACAGCAGCAGUUGGUGCAGCAGCAGCAGCUCGUACACCAGCAGCAUCAACAGCUAGUGCAGCAGCAGCACCAACAAUUGGUGCAGCAGCAGCAGCAGCAAUUGCUGCAGCAGCAGCACCUGAUGCAGCAGCAGCAGCUGGUACAGCAGCAGCAGCAGCUGGUACAGCGACAGCAGCAGCUGGCACAGCAGCGGCAGCAACAGCAGCUGGCGCAGCAGCAACAGCUGUUGCAGCAGCGGCAACAGCAGCUGUUGCCGCAGCAGCCGUCGAUUCAGCAGCAGCAAGAGGCGCAGGCAUUUUUCGGUCUGUUUCAAGGCACUGAUUUCACCGCGCCGACAACAGCAAAGGGAGUGACAGAUGAUCGCGAAGCGUACCUGCAGCAGCAACUACAGCAACAGCUAAAGCUUGGUUCUGUCUGGGGUUUGAGGGAUAUCGCAAGCUUCAGCCGAGACGAGAUUCUUCGGCGGCCUUCAAGCUGGCUCCCACUUGACGCUCAAAACCAUGCAGCAGGUGCAAAUUCAUCUCAAGGACCUCGACAUAGUCCCUCGCGGGAAGGUCGUUUUGACGAAGUCACCCAACAGCAACAAAGACGAGUGUAA